UGGUACGGUGGGAUCUCAACAUCAAAGAUGGAGAAACUAUCGUUGUUUAUUGCUUGUAUCAGUGUCUGGCCGGCCUUGUCACAAGGCCAGCAGUAUGUGGUCAGUCAAGGCGGAUGGGCUUUCUAUAAAGUUCUUGUUACUGGCGCGAUGACCAAUACCAACGUCAAGGCCACGUGCGAGGGGGCUGGGAUGAGCUUCCCCUGCUACUACUCCGAUGAUCAGUGCCAGUCAGGCGUCCACUGGACGGACGACUGCAUCAGUUACACCGCCGUGGAAGGGGAGUGCCGCACCCCGUUCGUUCUCGCUAACGCGCUGUGUGGAGCCUCCCCUAACCACGGAGCCAGCUGCCGGCCCCUGGAUGACAUCUUCGUGUACUACCCGUACCGUGCCUAUGGGGACAGCGCGUGGGGAACUGACUACGACACCACCACGUAUGGUCUGAACGGGGAAGAUUUCAACAAUAAGUUCGCCCUAUGUGCCGAUUAUGACAGCUGUGCGAGCAGUCCUUGCCACUCUGGGGGGACGUGCGAGGAUCGUCUGUACGGCUACAGUUGUUACUACAGCGACGGUGGCCAAUAUCAGAAUGAAACAUUCACUGUAUGCGAACCGGAUCCUUGUCAAAAUGGCGGGAGCUGCCACGUGCACAACCAAGGCCAGAUCAUCCACUGUACCUGUGCUGCCGGCUUUCUGGGGGAAUUCUGUGAAAACAGUGUUGUCUUUGACGACCCCUGUGAUCCGAACCCCUGUCCGUUUAACUGGCCCUGCACCGUCUACGGGAUAUCAUCUCAUUGUAGCGUGCCUAUUGUGCAUAGAAAGAGCUCCUACUGCAGUGAUUUCCCUUGCGGUUCUGGUUGGAACUGUAGGGAAGAAGGCCCAACCGGCUUUUCGUGCAUCCGUGGCUGAUCGGUCGACGGAGGAUAUCCAGGCGACGCAGGUUUCGGGCGGUUUUCUGUGUCCUUCUAGAGGCUCUUUCCGUGACUACACAAGCCAGUUCAACUGGAAAAGACAUCGCCCUUUAGCUACGUCCUCUCCCAGUACACAAGAAAUAAAACAUGCAAAUGACAAUCAACCAUGGCCAUUUUCCUGACUUGAUGCACUGUGUCAAUAAAGGUUGAAAAAUGUUGGUAAAUCAACUAUCAUAAUUCCAUCAGGAGC